AAUUAUGCCACAAAAUUCUGAUCAGAUAUCUUUUUGCCUCAAAAUUUGAAUUGAUUGGGAUUUUUAAUUAAAAAUAUAAGACGAAAUUUGAAUACUCAGGAGGAAUUUUUAAAAAAUAUUUGUUAUUCAUUACUUUAUUGUAAGAAUUUUUUGUUUUGAGUUUGAAUUCCAUGCAAAAGAAAAAAACAAUGAGAAUUUAUGUUGUUUGACUUGUGGCUGGACAAAUAGGUUCUUACCUUGGAAAAUCCAGCUAAAGCUAAUUAACCUUUCACAGCCAAAGCCGAUCGACCAUGAAUUCGAAGCUCAUCCUCGCUGCAGUAGCACUUGCACUGAUCGCGGUGGUGGUCGCCAUCGCCGCCGCCUCCGUCUUCACUCCGCCGCCAGUACCAGGCUCGCACGAUGUCCUCUCCGCCGCCGAGCUGAUCCGCCUCGCUGGAGCCGUCGGGCCCGAGAGCUUGGUCUUCGAUCCCAGCGGCGGAGGGCCCUACACCGGCGUCGCCGACGGUCGCAUUCUCAAGUGGAACGGUGGAGACUGGGUGGAAUUCGCCGUCACCACAUCCAAAAGGGAUGCGUGUUCUCUACCGUUCAAUCCAGCAAUGGAGCACAUAUGUGGAAGGCCACUGGGGCUAAAGUUUCAUCAGAAAACGGGAGAUCUUUACAUUGCUGAUGCUUACUUAGGCCUCCAUGUAGUUGGACCAGCAGGAGGAGUGGCUUCCCCGGUAGUGACAGAAGUAGAAGGCCAGCGUUUACGUUUCACCAAUGACUUGGAUAUCGAUGAUGAGAAGGAUGUGAUUUACUUCACAGAUUCCAGCACGGAAUACUACAGAAGGGAAUUCAUGUCAUCAGUUUUAACCAUGGACAAGACAGGCAAGUUUAUGAAAUACGAUAUGUCAAGCAAAGAAGUGACUGUUUUGUUGCGAGGCCUUGCUUUUGCUAAUGGUGUGGCCCUGAGUAAAGAUCAUUCAUUUGUCGUGGUAGUCGAGACCACGAGAUGCAGAGUGCUAAGGUUCUGGCUUGAGGGCCCUAAUGCUGGAACGCACAAUAUUUUUGCCGAGCUACCAGGCUAUCUGGACAACAUCAGAAGAAACUCAGAAGGGGAGUUUUGGGUCGCCCUGCACUCGAAGAAUGGGCUUGUUUCAAAACUGUCCGCGUCCUACUCAUGGUUCGGACGUGCGCUGCUAAAUCUCCCCCUCAACUUCAAGCAACUGCACUACCUGUUGGUGGGAGGCAAGCCUCACGCGACUGCCAUUAAGCUCAGCGAUGAAGGCAAAGUUUUGCGGGUUCUGGAAGACGUCGAAGGGAAAACCUUGAAGUUCAUCAGUGAAGUAGAGGAGAGGGAUGGGAAGCUGUGGAUUGCAUCUGUGUUGAUGCCUUAUAUAGGAAUCUACAAACUGCCAUAACAAAACCAUGGGAAGCUGUGGAUUGCAUGUUGAUGCCUUAUAUAGGAAUCUACAAACUGCCAUAACAAAACCAUCUAUUUCAUACAAGUCACUCUGUAAGACUUGUCUUAUAUUCUGUAUAAUAGCCAAUAAAUGAAAAUAGAAGUAGGCAAGGAAUGUAAGGAGAAAAAUCAAACUUUGAAUCUUGUCCUAA